ACGCCAACCCCAAAAAAGAAGAAGAACUCCAAUAUAUUUUCUUUGAUUUUGAGGUUAUCACUUUAAAGAUAGCAUUAAAGAUUGAACAUCAAUGUAGAUAUUAAUGAAGAAUAUCACUUUAAAGACGAUAUGGGUAAGUAUUCAAGCGAUUCCGAGAAUGAAAAUUGGGGUAGUAAAUCCUCAAAAUCUAGACGACGACGAAGAUCAUCGUCUUCAACAAAUUCAUCAAGUUCCAGAAGUAGAUACAGACGCGAUUCUAGGAAAUCAACACGCGGAUCUAAAAGUCGUGAUAAUCAGUCUUUAAAUUCAAGGCGCUCAAGAAGUAGUAGUCAAAUUAAAUCAAAAAAGUAUGAUAACAGUUCUAAACGGAAAUCUAGGUACGAUAGAAACUCAUCAAGGGAGAGGAGACGUAGAAGCUCUUCUAGAGAUAAUCAUACACAAAGUUGUUCAAGGGACAAUUACCACAGGUCUAAGUCAAGAGAUCUUCAGCAAUCAAAAUAUUCUCGUUCAAAGUCAUAUAUAGGAGAGUAUACAAAUAAGCCCAAGAAGAGGUCAUCUACAUCAUCAGAUAGUUCUAGUACUGACAAAGAGAAAAGUAGCAGAAAAGUCAACAAAAGCAUAAACGAAGCAGCUUGUAGCAAAAGUUUGCAUUUGGAGAACCACAAACAAAGCAAAAAUGAUGCUGCUGAAGUUAUUACUUUCGAUGAUGAAACUAUUGAUAAAAUAAAUCAAGACAAGUUUGUGCCAAAACAAUUUGUUUCUAAUAAAGCCAAAAAUCUUCCAGAUAAUAUCGUGAUAGAUUUGAAGAAACAGACUAUUAAAGUACCUGAAGUUGAGCCACUUGAACCUGAUAGCAUAUUCCAUCAUAAUCUGUUUCUCAACGAAGAAGCACGAAUGGAAAAGUGGGUGAAGGAACUGUACUCUUACAGGCAAAAAGCAUUACAGCAAGGAUUUCGUAAUAAUCAUUGACCACAAAAAUGAGCACCAGUAUUUACUUUGUUCUGCUUUUAU